UUGCUUACUUCCACCAAAGCAGCAGUUACCGACCAUAGGGUAACGAAAGUUGUAAUCGAUUUCUUAAAGAAGAACGCCGAAAUAGAUCAGAAUUCAAAGCUUACUAGUGACGAAUGCACUAAUAUCAGCAACGGUCUACUGUUACUGCGCAACAUUCUACACAUACCAGAGGAGAUCAAUAAACCCAUCUUACAACCCUCGUACCGUUUUCAAAAUCAGAUACUAUGGAAUUUGUUCAGCCAAAGUAUCGACAAGGUCCUAAUAAAAAUUGAUGAAUAUCACGGACGCGGUAGUGAUGAUUCCUCGCCCAUGUUGACGUCCGAUCCUACAUCCGACUCAUCAGACACGGGCGCCAGCGCAAAAGAUCUAAUAGUGACAAAUCAUAUACUGUUGAUGUUCCUGGACAGUGUCAUGAAGUUACCACAGUAUGAAGGCCCCAAUGCUAUGGUGGAUCAUAUAAAGCACUGGAGCGAAGAGGAGAUAUCUUCAUUGAAUUGGAACUACAUGCAAUGUAACACAGCCGUCGACGUGGUGGAAGAAAUCCUGAGGAUGUUGAAGGAAGACGGGAUUGUUAAGACGAGGGAGUCCAUCAUAAAGGAGCUCUACAGGCAACUGAUCAUCAAUAAAGAGGAAUUCGAGAAAUUAUCUAAAGUGGACAGCGAUAAGAACUCAAAAAGCCAUACGAGAUAA